AGACGCAUUUCAGCAAUGAGAAUUUGGGGUGGAAAUUGACAAAUUUCAGGGUGAACUGUUCUUUCUACUUUAAAAUUGGUGCCUGCCGACAUGGUGGCCGGUGCUCCAGAUUACAUAAUAAGACAACUUUCAGCCAGACCAUCUUGAUUCAAAACAUCUACCGUAAUCCCCAAAACAGUGCGCAGACGGCCGACGGCUCCCAUUGUAAGUGCCUCUGCUCCAGUCCUCUCAGCCCUCAGGUCUCUCUAGCUCUCUCCUCCCUCCUCAGAUUUUAGGUCUGCGUUUCUUCUGGCUUCCUGCAGGGCUUCUGAGGGUCUUUCUAAACACUGGUAGCAGGGGCUACCUCAACACGCCAAUAUGCCGCACCCGGAAAAACGCCCCCUAUUUCGCCAGUCAAAUAGAUGUAUUGUAUUUAUCUGUGGUCAUUCAGGAGGUCUAAGCCUGGGUGUAGAAUGACAUGCUCUGAUGGUGACAUUGAGAAAAGGAUAAACACAAAUGCCUUGAUCCACUAAUUUUGCAAUGAUCCCUUACAGUGAAGUUAAUACCUCCAAGCGAUCUCCUGGUAGUAUCUGUUUUCUAACACAGUUAUAGUGCACAGAUGACUGACUUUAGGCAUUUAUCAUGUGCUUUCAGACAAGACUGACAACACACCGACUGCCCUAGUGCCAAAUAUUUGUUGGAGGUUGACAGCAAAAAUAUUGAUAUGCGUUACUGUCCAGACACAGCACGGCUUUAGUUUUGGCUCUCGCCACACUGUCACCCCUAUACAAUAGACUGAUUCACUUAUGUCAGACAUAUUGUAAAUGUUAUAGUACCUUGAAAUUGAGUCCCGACUAGCAGAGCUGAUGCAUUGCCACUCAAUGCCUCCCAGGUAAGUCAUGGGUUUGUGGUCUUGUUGCUGUCAUGUAUAACUGUUCUGUUUCUAAACUGAGCAUCUCAGAAUGACUCACAAAAAGUUAGUUUUGAAAAUGUAUCAAAAGGAGAAAAAAAGUAACUUAGAAUAAAAAGCACAUCUUGGCAUUCAAUCACCUAUGAUUCAGCAAGUUCUUGAAGUCAUUUCGAGCCCCAUUGACCUUAUAUUGUGUGUAUACAGUACCAGUCAAAGUUUGGACACCUACUCAUUCAAGGGUUUUCUUUAUUUUUACUAUUUUAUACAUUGCAGAAUAAUAGUGAAGACAUCAAAACUAACAAAAAAGUGUUACACAAAUCAAUGUAUUUUAUAUUUGAGAUUCUUCAAAGUACCCGCCAUUUGCCUUGACAUCUUUGCACACUUGGCAUUCUCUCAACCAGCUUCACCUGAAAUGCUUUUUCAACAGUCUUGAAGGAGUUCCCACAUACUAUGAGCACUUGUUGGCUGCUUUUCCUUCACUCUGAGGCCCAACUCAUCCCAGACCAUCUUAAAUGGGUUGAGGUUGGGUGAUUGUGGAGGUCAGGUCAUGUGAUGCAGCAUUCAUCACUCUUCUCCUUGUUCAAAUAGCCCUUCACAGCCAGGAGGUGUGUUGGGUCAUUGUCCUGUUGAAAAACAAAUGAUAGACCCACUAAGCGCAAUCCAGAUAGGAUGGUGUAUCAUUGCAGAAUGCUGUGGUAGCCAUCCUGAUUAAGUGUGCCUUGAAUUCUAAAUAAAUCACUGACAGUGUCAUCAGCAAAGCACCAUCACACCACCUCCAUGCUUCACAGUGGGAAACACACAUGCAGAGGUAAUCUGUUCACCUACUCUGUGUCUCUCAAAGACAUGGCGGUUGGAAACAAAAAUCUCAAAUAAUGUCCAUUGCUCGUGUUUCUUGGCCCAAGCAAGUCUCUUCUUAUUGGUGUCCUUUAGUAGUUGUUUCUUUGCAGCAACUUGACCAUGAAGGCCUGAUUCACUGUUGAUAUCUGUCUGUUACUUUAAUAAUUUCAUUGGGCUUCAAUCUGAGGUGCAGUUAACUAAUGAACUUCUCCUCUGCAGCAGCAGCAACUCCGGGUCUUCCUUACUUGUGGCGGCCCUCAUGAGAGCCAGUUUCAUCAGCGCUUGAUGGUUUUUGCUGCACUUGAAGAAACUUUCAAAGUUCUUAAUUUUCUGUAUUGACUGUCGUUUCUCUUUGCUUGUUUGAGCUGUUCUUGCCAUAAUAUGGACUUGGUAUUUUGCCAAAUAGGGCUAUCUUCUGUAUAUGACCCCUGCCUUGUCACAACACAACUGAUUGGCUCAAAUGCAUUAAGAAGGAAAUCAAUUCCACAAAUGAACAUUUAGCAAGGCACACCUGUUAAUUGAAAUGCAUUCCAGGUGACUACCUCAUGAAGCUGGUUGAGAGAAUGCCAAGAGUGUGCAAAGUUGUCAUCGAGGCAAAGGCCAGCUGCUUUGAAGAAUCUCAUUUGAUUUGUUAACUUUUUUUUAGUUACUACAUGAUUCCAUAUGUGUUAUUUCAUAGUUUUGAUGUCGUCACUUAUUCUACAAUGUAGAACAUGUUCCAAAGUUGUUGUACUGAGUAGGUGUUUCAACUUUGACUGGUACUGUAUGUACAGCGCAUUUGGGAAGUAUUCAGAGCUCUUUUACUUUUUACACACAAUGCUCCAUAAUGACAAAGGGGGAAAAACAUGUUUUUAGAAAUGUUUGCAAAUGUAUAAACAAUUUAAAAAUCACAUUUACAUAAGUAUUCAGACGCUUUACUCAAGUACUUUCUUGAAGCACCUUUGGCAGCGAUUACAGCCUAGAGGUCUUCUAGGGAAUGACGCCUAAAGCUUGGCACACCUGUAUUUGGGGAGUUUCUCCCAUUCUUCUCUGCAGAUCCUCUCAAGCUCUCCGGUUGGAUUGGGAGCGUCGCUGCACAGCUAUUUUCAGGUCUCUCCAGAGAUGUUCAAGUCCGAGCUCUCUGUGCCACUCAAGGACAUUCUGAGACUUGUCCCGAAACCACUCCUUCGUUGUCUGGGCUGUGUGCUUUGGGUCAUUGUCCUGUUGGUAGGAGAACCUUCAUCCCAGUCUGAGGUCCUGAGCUCUCUGAAACAGGUUUUCAUCAAGGAUCUUUCUGUACUUUGCUCCUUUCAUCGUUCCCUCGAUCCUGACUAGCCUCCCAGUCCCUGCAGUUGAAAAACAUCCCCACAGCAUGAUGGUGCCAGGAUUCCUCCAGACGUGAUGCUUGAUUUCAUCAGAUCAGAUCAUCUUGUUUCUCAUGGUCUGAGAGGGGCUGCCGUCUGGCCACUCUUCCAUAAAGGCCUGAUUGGUAGAGUGCUGCAGAAAUGGUUGUCCUUCUAGAAGGUUCUCCCAUCUCCACAGAGGAACUCUGGAGCUCUGUCAGAGGGUUCUUGGUCACCUCCCUGACCAAGGCACUUCUCCCCCGAUUGCUCAGUUUGGCCAGGUGACCAGCUUUAAGGAAGAGUCUUGGUGGUUCCAAACUUCUUCCAUUUAAGAAUGGAGGCCACUGUGUUAUUGGGGACCUUCAAUGUUGCAGAAAUGUUUUUGCUACCCUUCCCCAGAUCUGUGCCUUGACACAGUCCUGUCUCGUAGCUCUAUGGACAAUUCCUUCAACCGCAUGGCAUGGUUUUUGCUCUGACAUGCACUGUCAACUGUGGGGCCUUUUAUAUUUUGUGUGUGCCUUUCCAAUGAAUUAACCCCAGGUGGACUCAAACCAAGUUGUAGAAACAUCUCAAUGAUGAUCAAUGGAAACAAGAUGCACCUGAGCUCCAUUUCGGUUCUCAUAGCAAAGGGUCUGAAUACUUAUGUAAAUAAGGUUUUUUUUUUUAUGUGCAAAAUUUUCUAAAAUUCUGUUUUUUGGGCUUUGUGUGUGUAGAUUAACGAAUAACAUGUUUUAUUUAAUCAAUUUUAGAAUACGGCUGUAACAAAAUGUGGAAAAGUCAAGGGGUCUAAAUACAUUCCAAAAUGCACUGUACGUAGAUUUACACUACCGUUCAAAAGUUUGGGGUCACUUAAAAAUAUCCUUGCCUUUUGAAAGAAAAGCACAUUUUUGGUCCAUUAAAAUCAUAUCAAAUUGAUCAGAAAUCUAUUGUAUACAUUUGUUAAUGUUGUAAAUGACUAUUGUAGCUGGAAACAUAUUUCUUUUUAUUGCUUGUUUGUAGGUGACCAAAUACUUAUUUUCCACCAUAAUUUGCAAAUAAAUUCAUUAAAAAUCCUACAAUGUGAUUUUCUGGAUUUUUUCUUCUCAUUUUGUCUGUCAUUGUUGAAGUGUACCUAUGAUGAAAAUUACAGGCCUCUCUCAUCUUUUUAAGUGGGAGAACUUGCACAAUUGGUGGCUGACUAAAUACUUUUUUGCCCCACUGUACCUAUUACCAGCAACCAUCACUACUGUGUUCCAAUGGUACGUUGUGAACUAAUCCAAAUGUAUCGUUUUUUGAAGGCUAAUUGACCAUUUAUUAAACCCUUUUGCAAUUAUGUUAGCACACCUGAAAACUGUUGUUCUCAUUUAAAGAAGCAGUAAAACUGGCCUUCUUUAGACUAGACUUUGUUCCUGGCUCAAAAUGGCCAGGAACAAAGAACUUACUUCUGAAACUGGUCAGUCUAUUCUUGUUCUGAGAAAUGAAGGAUGUUCCAUGUGAAACUGAAAGCCUCGUACUACUCCCUUCACAGAACAGUGCAAACUGGUUCUAACCAGAAUAGAAAGGAGUGGGAUGCCCCGGUGCACAACUGAGCAAGAGGACAAGUACAUUAGUGUCUAGUUUGAGAAACAGAUGCCUCACAAGUCCUCAACUGGCAGCUUCAUUAAAAAGGGUUUUCUAAUCAAUUUGCCUUUUUAAAAUUAUACAUUUGGAUUAGCUAACACAAUGCGCCAUUGGAACACAGUGAUGGUUGCUGAUUAUGGGCUUCUGUACACCUAAGUAGAUAUUCCAUAAAAAUCUGUAUUUUCCAGCUACAAUAGUCAUUAACUGUCUACACUGUAUUUCUGAUCAAUUUGUUAUGUUAAUGGACUAAAUGUGCUUCUCUCUUCAGACAUUUCUAAAUGAUCCCAAACUUUUGAAUGGUUUUGUAGUGCGUUUGGGAACUAUUCAGACCCCUUUUAUCCAUAUUUUGUUACGUUAGUGUUAUUCUAAAAUGGAUGUAAUUUGUGUGUGUAUAAUAUAAUUUGUUCUGAGUAUGUCGCUUCUUCCAGCUCCCUCUGUUUCGGCGUGGACCAGUCCCAUGGAUCAUCUUAACGUCUUUCACUCAUCCCUUCCUACCCUGGUCUGGGGCUGGUUGGGGCACAAUUACAUUGUUUUGAGGGAGGGGGAUGGGAGUAAAUGCACCUAGUUUCAGGCAGAUUUCUUAACUGUUACUUAAAAUAUUUCAAAUGUACAUUUUGUAUUUUCAGACCAUUGCCCUCUUGAACAUUUACCGUAACCCUCAAAACACUGCCCAGUCUGCCGAUGGUUUGCGCUGUGCCGUCAGUGAUGUGGAGAUGCAGGAGCACUACGAUGAGUUAUUUGAGGAGGUCUUCACAGACAUGGAGGAGAAGUACGGAGAGGUGGAGGAGAUGAAUGUGUGCGACAACCUGGGAGACCAUCUGGUUGGAAACGUAUACCUGAAGUUCCGUCGUGAGGAAGACGCAGAGAAGGCCGUGAUGGAUCUGAAUAACCGUUGGUUCAACAGUCAACCAAUCCACGCCGAGCUCUCUCCCGUUACAGACUUCAGAGAAGCCUGCUGCCGCCAGUACGAGAUGGGGGAGUGCACUCGAGGAGGCUUCUGUAACUUCAUGCACCUGAAACCCAUCUCCAGGGAGCUGAGGAUGGAGCUGUACGGUCGCCGCAGGAAGAAGGGAGGGGGCCAUCGUUCUUGCUCCCGUUCCAGGGAAUGCCGUUCUCGCUCGAGGGAUAGAGGCAGGGGAGGCGGACAUGACCGCGAGAGAAGGCGUUCCAGAGAACGCUCUGGCAGGUUCUAAACCAAGCCACCACCUCACGUCCAUCCUUCCCCUUCCAUCUCCAUUAUCAUUCUCCAUCAUCCUCAAAUCCAUAUCUUUCCCUCCAUUGCUGCCUUUUCAAUUCCCUGUUGGCCCUUUCAUAUUGUCCCAAUGACUAAAAUUAAUUGGAAAUUGUUGGACUUGUUAUUUUCCUUUUUUAUAAUUUUUAUUCAAGAAAUGUAAAGCUUGCCUUCUCAAUAAAAAAAAAAAGUAAACAUGA